GACAAGUUGUCCUUCUACUUUUGUUGAUUACAAAAUCACUCCUGAGGAACUAAAUGUAGAACAGUUUUUUUACAACAUGCCUGCCAAUAGCUGGGAUUUCCAACACUAUUUUCGUUGGCAUUCAAGAAAAAAUAAAAAAAAAUUCAACGCUAUCAUUGGCAGCUACAAAAACAGUCUUUAUAAAAUACUUAAUAGCAACAUACUCCAUGACGAUAUUAAGGCCUAUGUUGGUGGGCUAUUAAAAAAUAUGAACACCUCCAAAGCAGAAAAAACCGUCAAGAAUAUCACUACCAACAACUUUAUAAAUAGUGCGGUAAACUAUGGCGAAGGAGGGGCGAACAUUGUUGUUGGACAAUCAAGUAUGGCGCUUCCAAUUUCUAGUGAGAGCCACCAUGCUAUCCAAGAAGAAGGAGAUAAAGCGAAUUACCGAAUCUCACCUCUUAAAAGAAAGCAUUCUAAGUGCAAUACUGAAUUGCCAUGGAAACGACUUUUGAACUUGGCCUAUGAUCUGUAUUCUGGUAAAGAUGUUUCGCCAAACAGCUACGAAUUAUACCAUGUUGAAGCAAGCAGUUUACAAGCAGCUAUAUUCAAUGUCUCGCUUGAUAAGCUUAAUACCUUCAAGCACUUAAACAGGCUGGAUUUGUCUUACUUAGCUGUAUUUCUUUCUGGGAUCGUCAAUACGAUCGAUGUUCAUAACUGGGCACUUCUCAGCAGUUACUGCUCUGAUUUGGCAAUUGAAAAAGCUGUCAGUGACAGUCAGGUCAAUUAUUUCCACAAAUAUUCAGAUAAAUCAUUAGAACAACUGAUGCUUGAUAUUAAAAAAUUGUAUGCCGAUGAAGGUUUUGAAGCUGUCAGAAUUUUUAUCCUUGAAAAGAAAUUGGAAGCUUACAAAUCAAAAGAAGCAACAAAAAAUUCAUCAGUUCUAAUACUCCUAGAUAUGCUAGAUCAUAUUAUUAAUAUGGUUAGCUACUCAUCUUGGAAAGAUGAAACUGAGAUGGGAUAUCUCGAGUAUUGGAAACCACUGUUCAAAACUCUAUUUAGAGACUGCAACUUGAUAAUCAAAAGUGGAGAAACAUCAUGUAUUGCUUCAAAAAUAGACAGACAAUUAAAUGAGUACGAGUACAAGACAACUAUAAAAGGCAUAACAGGAAGAAAAGUAGAUUUAAUUUUCUGUACAGCAAUUGACAAUGAAGUAUAUGAGCUUUUCAAUGCUGAAUUUAAAACAGCAAGCGCCUCGCAGCAAAUCAUCAGAAUUCAACAGAAUAAGAAUUUAAGACUAAACAAGAGCAUUCUGUCAAAAUUAAUUUGUGAUACUGGAAAUCACAGCAUUUCUACUUUUGGAGUAGACGUUGUUGGUUUGGUUGGGUACAUGUAUCAUUUGUCAUGUUUUGAAGACGUUAUUGUUGCAGCCAAGAGUUCCGAGGAUGAUAUCUAUUUGCCGAGAGACAAAAGUGAACUAGAAGACUUUAUAUCAACUGACUUGCUAUUCCCAGCGCUUUUCAAUUUGAAAAAUCAUAUAAAAGAGAUGGUACAAGACCUUACAACGCAAGUUAGAAAACAAUAUCGUUCAAGGCAAAAUAUAAGCAAUUCAAGAGUCUCUUUGCCCGUCUCCACUGUUUCUAUCCCUCCUACAUUUUUUACUCCAAAGCGGUGAUUUUUUAAAAGUAUGCAUCCAUAAGCUAACGUACAAGUUGACCAACCACUUUGUCGAUCAUUUUAUUUCUAAAGAGUACCUCUUUAAAUCAAGCUUAUAUUCAUGAAAUCAUUCAAAUGUCAUGGAAUCCAAUCUUGCUAUAGUGUCAUUGUCAUUUUUAACCAUUUUUAUCAUUGUAAAAGAUAAGGGUCCAUAUCCAAUAAUUUAAACAUUGUGUAAAAAGCUUUUUGGGGUUGAGUUGCCCUUCAUCUGAAGAGCGAAUACCAAGAUUUAGUAAAUUCUAUCAAUAAAUAACAUAGCCAAAAGACCAAAGAAAUACAUAGAUAUUACAAGCAAAAUCUAGACGCGUGAAUAGAAAGGGAUUAGCACAUACAUAGGAAGAUAUAUUACAGUAAUAUUAAUCAAAAUU